UGUGUGUCAGCCGUGUCCCGUGAUGGGGAAGUGGUGCCACCAUCAUAUCCUGCUGAAUCCUGCCAGAUCCUGCCUGUAGGCAGGGAGGGACACCUGGGGGGGGCAAAGGAACACCCCAAGGACACUGGGAGUUGUCACCGUGACCUUGUCACCAUUCCUGCACUCCUUCUCAGCCCCAGCAGAACCUGGGGGGAAGGUUAUUUAUCGUCCUCCCCCAGUGCCCAAGUGUCACUUGUGUCCCCUGUGUGUCUCCCUGACAGUGUCCCCAACAUGUGCUGACACCACUCAUUGUCUGCUCUGCUCUGUGGGGUGCUGUGGCGGGGGGGGACAUGGGGAAGGGGCACAGGGACAUGCAGUGGGGCACAGCGGAACAGAGACGUGGAUGGCUCAGGGCACAGGAGUACCUGAGACCCCCCCAUAACCCCCACCCUCGGGGGGACAGCAGCGUGAGCCCCCGUGCCCCACAGUGACCCCAGGGCCUGGGGGGCAUUGGUCUGGGGACCCCAUCCACCCAGCCCUGCCCCAAUGUUUCUGUCCUCACACCCCCUCAGCAGCCCCUGCUGUGCCCCUGCAGACAGGGGUGACACCUCAUAGGUCCCUGAGGCUGGGGAGGGUUGGGGGGAACCCACAUCACCGAGGGGCCUGGGUGGUGGCCGUGAUAGGGGCAGGCAGUGGUGGGUGGGCACAGGUGGACACAGACACAAAUGGCCACAGAUGUCACACAGAAGUGUCACACGCAGGCCACAGAGGUGUCUGUCACACAGGUGUCACACACACACGUUUACCACAGACACAGUCCCAAAGAGUAUGAGUGGGAAGGGCCCUCUGGUGAUGAUUUGGUGACGAACAGGUGACACUUGUCCCAUGGGUUGGGAUGUCUCCAUGGAGGGAGACCCCGCACCCUCCCCGGGCAGCGUUCGCAGGGCUUGGCCCUUCCAUGAUGGAGGGAAGUUCUGCCUUAGGCUGAGCUGGGAGUGUUGGAGCGCAGGGCCUGACUCCUUGUCCUGCUGCUGGGCGCUGCUGGGCCGGGUCUGGCACCAUCCUCAUACCCUGGGGAGAUCACGGGCAUUGGUGGGAUCCUCCCUCAGGUAUUUGUAGGGAUUGGUGCAAUCCCCUCAGGUGAGAGACGCGUGUGGACACAUGAGCAGCAGUCUACAGCUCCACAUGCGCUCAGGAGCUCUGGCAGCAGUCAGGCACAGAGGGGCAUUGCCAGGAGCAGCGUGGCAGAUUGAAAUGGCUCCAGGCAGUGCAAAUGAGCCAGAGCGUGGUGACUGGGGCAGCAAACGGGACGUGGAGCAGCAGCAGGGCUUGGCGUGGCAGUUGAGGCAGCAGGGUGUGCAGGAGGGCACAGCCACCCUCCUGACUCUUGAGGGGAGGUCGCCUCAGGUGGGGAUUGUUUUCUUCACUUGUCUAACUUGAUUAGACCCAGCAAUAGUUUACACACUGACAAAAGCCACUGCUGGCAGGAACCUGGAGACCCAGAAAGAGCUCCCCAAGGAACACGCAGCUGUCCAGGCCUCCAGCUGCAGGGAGUGCCUGAGCCUACUGUUACCACUGGAGGAUGGUGCAAACAACACUGCAUGUGGUGUGAACAGAUGGAGCAUCCUAAAGAGGAGGUGGAGAGGCUGAGGCCCUGGCACAGGGCGCCCAGAGCAGCUGUGGCUGCCCCUGGAUCCCUGGCAGUGCCCAAGGCUGGGGCUGGGAGCAGCUGGGACAGUGGGAGGUGUCCCUGCCAUGGCAGGGGUGGCACUGGGUGGUCAUUAAUGUCCCUUCCACCCAGAGCAUUCCAUGUCUCUAUGACUCUGUGCUGCCCCUCCCUGCCAUGCCCAGCACACAGAACCGGCCCCUCUGUGACAGCAGCCCUGCCCAGGGCACUGUGAGCACCACCAGGGCUGUGGGUGCUGUGCUGGUGGCUGCACUGCAGGUGACACCUGGGUUCUGCCUCUGCCACCUGCGCUGGCACCGAUGGCUUUGCUGGGGCUGCUCGUGCUGCUGGCCCUGGCCUGGCCCGUGGGGGCCACCUGGGACACCUGCAGAGGGACCUGCGGGCUGCGGCCCUUGGCUUCCGACCACAGCUCUACAGUUCUCAACUACGACUCUGAGACUUCUGCUCAGGACACGUCCAGUGUUGAGGAUGGCCCCGGUGCCCAGGCAGGGGCCUGGCCUGGCAUCGUCAGCAUCCAGGCCACCUAUGAGAAUGGCACGUGGCACAUGUGCACAGGUGUCCUCUUCAGCUCCCAGUGGGUGCUCACGGUGGCACACUGCUUCGCCAGGGCCGGGGCCAUUGCCACGUGGGAGGUGGUGAUGGGGGCCACAGAUCUGACUCAGCCGGGCCCCGAGGCUGAGGUGAGACACAUCCAGAGGCUCCUGGUGCACCAGCACUACGUGCCUUCCACGGCCAGGAACGACAUUGCCCUGCUGGAGCUGGACCAGCCCGUGGAGUGCAGCGACUACAUCCAGCUGGGCUGUGUGCCCGACGCCUCGCUCAGGGUCUCGGAGCUGAAAUCCUGCUACAUCGCCGGCUGGAACUUUGCCAGAGCUCAGGGAGCAGGCAUGGUGCUCCAGGAGUCCAAGGUCCACCUCAUGGACAUGGAGCUCUGCAACAGCAGCCCGUGGUAUGCAGGGGCUGUUCAUGCUGAUGACCUGUGUGCUGGGUACCCGGAUGGAGGCAUCGACACCUGCCAGACGGGCCUGAGCCCAGCAGAAAGAGCUGGUCCAGCACCAGAGCCCAUCAUCACUGUGGCCCCUGAGCAGCGCAUGAAACCACAGGAGCCAGAGGAAGACAUCAACUUGAGCCCUGAGUACAGCCAGAGACCAGUGGUGACAUCCUCGGGCACGUCACUGCCCGAGGCAUUCCCAUGCCAGAUCGUGCUGCAAUUCUGGAAUGUGCUGCAGGAGCUCCUGCAGUUUCUGAAGGACAAGAAACCUUGA